AUGGCUCUUCGAUUGCAAAUUGAAAAGAAAAAAGCUCAAGAAGAAAUGCGACGUUUGAUGGCUGAAAGGAAAAAUAAAAGCAAAAAACCAACCCAAAUAAAUAAUCCCCUUGCAAAGUACAAUAAUGCCGGGCAACUUAUGUGCGUUUUAUGUAGUUCGAUAGUACGUUCAGAAAAUGUUUGGCAGGUGCAUUUAAAUAGUAAACAACACAGAGAAAAUAUUGAAAAGGCUAAGAAAUUGAAACAGCUAACUAAUAACUUUACCGAUGAUAAAAUUAAAAAAAGACAAAGUUCUUGUGCAAUAGACCAACCACCUGAGAAGAAAAUAAAGGGUAUUCUUAAAAAUGCCCCUGAAAAAAUUAACACUUUUAGUCAGACACCCAAUAAUGAUGCACCAAUUAUAUUUUCCCACCAUGAUGAAGAAAUUAAGAGAAAAGUAAUCAAUCCAAUGGCAGUUGAUGAAGCACAGCCAGGAGAAAAAAGUGAAGAGCAAGGGAAACCUGAAUUAACAGCUGCUAUGCCAAUACCUGAAGGUUUCUUUGAUGACCCAAUAUUAGAUGCAAAGUGUCUAUGA